UUCUGCGACUACUGCGAUGUCUACCUCACCCAUGACUCGAUGAGCGUGCGCAAGGCCCACAACAGCGGCCGCAACCACUUGCGCAACGUAGUCGACUACUACCAACAGAUCGGCCACGAAAAGGCCCAGUCCGUCAUCGACUCCAUCACGUCCUCGUACGCCGCC